GAGGAAGCGCCGUCGCCGCUGUAUGUGUGUGUGUGUGUAUGUGUGUGGGUGCAGCACUUCAUGUUAGCCGACAAGUGGGUCGCAGUGUGUACGUCUUAAAAACCCAUUUCUGCUCUUCAAACCGGGACCAGGGGCUGUUAUCGAGGCUUCUCCGACGACUCCUUCGCCAAGAUGAGCUUCCUGUUUGGCAGUCGCUCAUCCAAGACCUUCAAGCCGAAGAAGAACAUCCCAGAGGGAUCCCACCAGUAUGAGCUGCUGAAACAUGCCGAGGCAACGCUGGGAAGCGGCAACCUGAGACAGGCUGUCAUGCUGCCAGAGGGAGAGGAUCUCAAUGAAUGGAUUGCCGUCAACACGGUGGAUUUCUUCAACCAGAUCAACAUGCUCUACGGCACCAUCACCGAGUUCUGCACCGAGACGAGCUGCUCCGUGAUGUCUGCAGGACCAAGAUAUGAGUAUCACUGGGCUGAUGGCACCAAUAUUAAAAAGCCUAUCAAAUGCUCUGCGCCCAAGUACAUCGACUACUUGAUGACCUGGGUGCAGGAUCAGCUGGACGAUGAGACGCUCUUCCCCUCCAAGAUUGGAGUUCCCUUUCCCAAGAAUUUCAUGUCCGUGGCCAAAACCAUCCUGAAGCGCCUGUUCAGGGUUUAUGCUCACAUCUACCACCAGCAUUUUGACUCGGUGAUGCAGCUGCAGGAGGAGGCCCACCUCAACACCUCCUUCAAGCACUUCAUUUUCUUCGUUCAGGAGUUCAACCUUAUCGACAGACGAGAGCUUGCUCCCCUGCAGGAUUUGAUCGAGAAGCUCGGAUCCAAGGACAGAUAGACUUUUCAUUGCUCUUCUUCCUUUUUUAGCAGUUUGUUUUUCCUUUUCCCCCCUCCCCUCCCUCCUUCUCUGGUGAUCUCUUCUACCUCUCUAACUUCUAGCCUCAACUUGACUUAAAAUCUGUGCCUUCCUCUCUGCAUUUCCCUCAUGUUUUGUACUGUACUUUUCUUUUUAUUCCUCUCUGUGGUUAUCCUAGGCUUUCUUUGAGCCCUUUUUUUCCAUUUUUAGCCUUUAUAGAUCAUAUAAAAAAAAAAUGUAGUGGAGUAAAAAUAUUUUUUUCACAGGACUGUGGUUAGCGGCUCUGUAAGAGCAACCUGCUGAAUUUUUAUAUUGGACCAAGGACAUUUCGAACUUAAAGUUGACUGUUAAAGACUUGCCUGCUAUCAGUUGUUUGAUGUUAAUUUUUGAAUGAUUAUAAUUACAUUGCCUGACCAACUAUUGCAAAUUUCAAUUUUACAUGUCAUUGGCGGUGGUGAUGGCAAGAAAACUAGAGACAGGAAAUGCACCUCAGAUGAGCUUUUAUAUCCAUGACAACACGAUACACAAAAGCAGCAAUGAUGCGCAACGUACAGCAGCAAGCUGGUUUGUGUACCACAUUACGCAUACGUGGUUUCUGUUGACACGCUCACUGAUUCAAUUAUGUGAAGAAAUGCUGCAACUGUGAGAUGCCUUUGUUCUUGCCCCUCAAGAAAAUAACAUCGACUACAAAUAGCUUUCAGUUUCAGUUUGGUCACGAGAUACUGUGCACUUUUUUAAAUGUCUAUAUUCUUUUGAGAUAUAGUGCUUACAGUUUUAGGUUUCGCCUUCUUUUUAUCUGCUAUUUAGUUCUCAUUAGUCACCACUUAAAGCUUAAUCACCUUAAAGUUAAGUAUAAAUCAUCCUCUCAGUGGCUUAAAAAUCUAAUGUGAACUUUUAGUUUUACUGUCAUUUUAGUUCGUUUCUGUGGUGCAGAUCAAUUGUGAGCUUUUUUUUUUUUCCUCAAUGCUGGUACUAAUCUUUUUUUUUUCCUCACCAAAUAUUUUCCCCUUGGAUUAGGAAAUCAAGUUAUAGCUAUUGCACCAUUACACCCAAGAUGUAUGUAGUUUUUUUUUUAUGUAAGUCUAUUUUUUUUAUGUUUUUAGUCAGGUGCAUGUGUAAUUAUCAUGAUCAUCUCCUGUUAUUAUUGUGGCUACAGCAGCAGGGCUGUUUGUACUACCACACUUAAAAAAAAAACAAAGAAAGAAAAAAAAAUAAAUGCAGCUAAUAUUCCUGAUGAGUGUUUCAUCCGGCAAAGUUCUAUCAAGGGAUUUGGUUCAUAACCUGCUUCAUUUUGGACCUAGAUUUGUAUUAGACAAUCGUGUAACCAGUUAUGAUGAGUAGGCUAACUGAAAUGCACCACCAGGAGCUAAACGGGGCAGCACAGUGUUCAUUUUAUAGUUGAGGAACGGACAAAUGCUUUCCAGCAAUAUUAAAACAAGGUGUUGUUAACUGCGAUUUAUCCACUUUUAGGCCCACAAGUUGCUUGGCAGAAAAGAUCAGGCCGGUUAAUAGGCUUGACUGGUUCUGAUUGUCAGUUUAUAUUCACAUUAUUUGUCGACCUUGGUUUUUUGUUUUUUUUCCACAGUUUUGUUUUUGAACUUUUGGUGUGGAGUUACAUUUCAUAUUACAUUUAAAGUAUUGACUUUGCCUUUUAAAUCAUAUGAGGAACAAGGUCUUUGAUGUGAUUUAAAUGUUUUUUUUUAUGCAUUUGGUCCAAUCAUUGGGUUAGUCUGGCAGGAGUUUAAAGAAUGUAUGUACCAUGUCCAAAUAUUUGCUGUAAAUAACAUCAGUGUUUUUUUUUCUGAACAAAACUGUGCCUUACAAUAAUAAAAAAUAUCCGAUAUGACAAUAGUGAUAAAUCAAAAGCUCAAUAAACACUGAAAGGACAA